AUUUAAAAAUGAUCAGUAUUCUUGGACAAGCAAUAUGAACAUGAAGAAGAUCUUUAUAAAAUGUGAUUUGUUCAAAAGCAAAUCCAGUGAGCACAUCAGAAGGGAAAUUGUACUGAACGCAAGUGCAUCCUACACUGAUUUACAGAGGACAGUGCUCAUACACGUGUCUACCCCCCCACCCGCAAAAUCAAGUCCUCUGUGCUAGACUGCUGUCAGACUGAGGGGGAAAUCACAGGCUGGAGAACGCACAGGCCAUGCGUCAAACUAGCUGCACCAGCACACACACUGCACGCACAUCACGCGCUCCACUACCAUUUCUACUGCUGAAAACCAACAUCCUAAAGUUUUGGGGGUUUAUUUUUAUUUCAACAACAUUGCUGUUUAGGUUCUCGCUGUUCUAUAAAACAGCAGCAGAAGGCUUUAUGCGAAGCAAGCGUGUUUAUUCAGCAGAAAGUGCAAACGCAGCUCAUUGCUCACGGUCGCCUUAUCGCUUCAUGAUAAGAGCAGCACAGCGAGCACGAGCGCUUUGUACACGCUUAGAAACAGCACGCUAUAAUCAUUCAUACUGCGUGCUAGUGCACAUUUUAUCGCUCUGAAUAGGACACGGCCUGGUUGUUAUUAUUAUUUAUUUAUUUAUUUAUUUUCGCAAUGCACAAGGCUGUUAAAGCGGUGAUCCAAAAACGCUGCUGAUGCAGAAAAAGAUGCAGGACGGAUAAAAACCGGGGCGAAAACCGACCAGCAAAAUAUAGAAGUGUAACGAGUGAGUAGGACUUCUUCAGGCAGUCAGAAGUGAGUGAGCAGUCAUGGCAGACCAGGUGCAAUUCUUGUCCUUCUUCUAUGGCAACAUCACUCGAGAGGAAGCUGAGGACUAUCUGAGGCAAGCAGGCAUGAGCAACGGUCUCUACCUGCUCCGCCAGAGCCGCAACUACCUGGGUGGAUUCGCUCUGUCCGUGGCCUACAACCAUCAGUGCUACCACUACACCAUCGAGAGGGAGCUGAAUGACACAUAUGCCAUAGCAGGUGGAAAAUCCCACCGCAGUCCAGUGGAUGUGGUGGAAUACCACGCACAGGAGUCAGACGGCCUGGUGUGUCUGCUGAAAAAGCCCUGCAAUCGGCCUCGGGGUGUCGAGCCCAAGGUGGGGGCUUUCGAGGAUCUGAAGGAGCAGCUCAUCAGGCAAUAUGUACAGCAGACAUGGAAGCUAAAGGGUGCCUCAUUGGAGCAGGCUAUCAUCAGUCAGAGGCCUCAGCUGGAGAAGCUGAUUGCCACCACGGCACACGAGAAGAUGCCCUGGUUUCACGGGACCAUCACACGGGAAGACUCUGAGCCACGUUUACUCAACAACCCCCGCACCAAUGGCAAGUUUCUAAUCCGGCAGCGAGAUAACAAUGGCUCCUAUGCACUCUGUCUCCUCCAUCAUGGCCAAGUCAUGCACUAUCGCAUCGAUAGGGACAAAGCUGGCAAACUCUCCAUUCCUGAUGGGAAAAAGUUUGACACUCUUUGGCAGCUGGUGGAGCAUUAUUCCUACAAACCUGAUGGCCUGCUCCGGGUGCUGACUGACCCCUGUCCACGACCUGAAGGCCCACCUGCACUUCCUGGAAAUCAUCCAGAGCUGGGUGGCACAAGUGGAAUUCUCUCCAGAUUCAGAUCCGCUUCCUUCCCCAAACCUGGUCUCAAAAAGACAACGUUAAAGAGGUGUAAAGAAAAGAUCUUAGAGGUUUGCCCCAGUAAGAUCACAACAUAUCUUCGCAAAAAUAACGAGACUGAUAAUCCUUAUGCUCGGACGGCAACAGUGCUUGCCACAGACGAUUUACCCAUGAGCACUGAGGUGUAUGAGAGUCCAUAUGCUGACCCUGAUGAACUACGCUCAACCACAGUGGACCGGAAAAACUUGCUCCUGGAGGAUGGAGAGCUUGGCUCAGGCAAUUUUGGCACAGUUCUUAGGGGCACCUACCAGAUGAGGAAAACACAGAAACCGGUAGCAGUAAAGAUCCUGAAGAAUGGAGAAAACAAUGCUGCAGUAAAGGAUGAAAUGCUUCGUGAGGCUCAAGUCAUGCAGCAGCUUGACAACCCCUACAUAGUGCGUAUGAUCGGCAUCUGUGAGGCCGAGAACCUCAUGUUGGUCAUGGAGCUGGCUGAGCUCGGCCCUCUGAACAAGUAUCUGCAAAAGAACAGACUUGCCAUUAAAAACGUCACCGAGCUUGUGCAUCAGGUCUCUAUGGGGAUGAAGUACCUGGAGGAGCAUAACUUUGUUCACAGAGACCUGGCAGCCCGCAACGUGCUGUUAGUCACCCAGCACUAUGCAAAAAUCAGCGACUUUGGCCUGUCCAAAGCCCUCACCAGUGAGCAGGAUUAUUAUGAGUCUAAAGGUCACGGUAAGUGGCCUGUGAAGUGGUAUGCACCUGAAUGCAUGAACUUCUUCAAGUUCUCCUGUAAGAGUGACGUGUGGAGCUUCGGAGUGCUGAUGUGGGAGGCUUUUUCAUAUGGACAGAAGCCAUACAAGGGGAUGAAGGGAAAUGAGGUUAUCCAGAUGAUUGAGAAUGGUGAGAGGAUGGCUGCUCCACCCAGCUGCCCCCCUGAGAUGUACAACCUCAUGAUUAAAUGCUGGACAUACAGGGCGGAGGAGAGGCCAGGCUUUGCUGUGGUGGAGCCCAGGCUGAGAGACUACUACUAUGACAUUUCUCAGUGACCUGUUACCUGCUGGAAGAAAACUCAGAAUGCAGAGUCAUUCCCUAGGAGCUGUUUGUACAUGGUUUUAAGGACUGGCCAAACUGAUUUAUUUUACAUUAUUUACCUGCAAGCUUAUUUGAAUGUUGUUGUUGUUGUUGUUUUUGCAAGCCAAAGUUAUGAUCAAUGAGUGACUGCUUGUCUUGGUAAUUUUUCUACAUGUCUACAGACUUUACAAUUAGCAAUAAGCAGAAAAAGCAAAGUAGCAGUAGCAAAUUAAAUUAUCCCAUCACCAUUACUGCAUAUUUUUAUCAUUAUAACUAGAUCGUGUACUAUUCUAGUGUAUUUAAACAUUAUCCUACUUUACCUGUACCUGUUUCAUUAGUAGUAUUUAUCAGAAAAGGAACCUUGGCAGGAACAUUCAAAGUACCUUUCACUGUUAUUAUACUUUAUAGUUAGUGUGCAGGGGCACUGGUACACAUUUUGAGUUCUCAAACAGGUUAAUGCACUGAGCCAAUGCACCACGAAGGAUAUUUGUUCUCCUUGUUGUCUCCCCAGCCCUCAAACCAUCAAACGUCAUGCCCUCCACCUUUUAUGGCACCUCAGCUAGAGUGCUGUAAACAUGACAUCCUUACUAGCAAGCAUGCUGUAAGGCUUGGGAAUGUGGUCAUGACACAGUGUCUUACAGGUGAUCUGCUAUUUUGCCAGGGUGAGUCAGUCAAUUAUUCAGAGAGCCAGCCUAGCUAGUCAACAAGUUUUUAUACAAACUGAGUGUUCUGAGUGUUCUAGUCAUUAUGGUAGGAAGCUAUUGUUCUGUUAUGGAAAGGCAAAAACAGGGAAGAACUGAUUAUUUUCCUAUAACAACAUGAAACUGAUUAUUUUCCUAUAACAACAUGUCUCGAAGUGUUUUUAUUCCUCUUAUAAUACAGCAAUUUGCCAACAAUUAAAUUUUUCAUCUAUUAAAGAAUAACAUCAUAUUUUUUUAUGUUUAUUGUUACAUUUAAUGUCGUCCAUGAAUCAAGUUAGUUCUGAGUGUUAUAAAGCACUGACACUGGAGACUCAUUCCAAUGCUAAAUAAAUGCAUCCUCACAGAAAACAUCACCAUAUCAAUUCUAAAUCUGUUCAUGUGGAGUGUCUGCCAUACAACUCCCUGUGGAAGUUGUUACUGUACAAACUAUAACAUACUAGAACAAAAGCAUUAAUAUAAACCUGCUGAUUUUAUCCACAUACUGUUGCUUUUUAUCCCCUAAUACAACACCUUCUCAUUUGAUUUACUUUUAUGCUUGAAAAAAAUCUGGAACAAAACCCAAUAAAACAGCAAUCUCAAUUCAAAAUGGCGGAACAUCCAAAAAUGCAGUGUGAAAUGAUACUGAUUCCCUGAAGCCCUAUAGCUUAGAUAAAAAUACAUGGCAUUUUAAAUGGGGUUAGCUAUUGUAUGGAACAGCAGGUUGACGGCUAAAAUUAACCACAAGAACAAGGUCUAGCAGUCUAUCCAAGAAUGAACAAAUAUCUUUCUAGUGAGCAGAAUAUAUCCUUCUAGUCCUUUAUUCUUAUGCUGCUUUCCAUAUUGGACAGCCUUCUUUGUUAUUUAUUUCUAAUAAUUAUACCUGUCAGCUUCCUCUCUAAUGGAAUGGCAGCAUUUAAUGUGCCCAUGAUAUCGAACUCAGUGGUGCAGUGGGUAGCAUUGCUUCCUCACAGCUCCAGGGUCCCAGGUUCGAUACUGAGCUCAGGUGACUGUCUGUGUGGCAUUUCUGUGCAUGUGUUCGUGUGGCUUUCCGACACCUCUCAAAAACCUGCCAGUAGGUGAAUUGGCUAAGAUAAAUUGCCCCUAGUGUGCAUGAGUGUGUGUGAUGGACUGGUGUCCCAUCCAGGGUGUAUUCAUCUUUCACACCCAGUGUUCCUCGGAUAGGCUCCAGAUUCACCACAACUCUGAUCAGGAUAAAGCAGUUAAUGAAAGUGAGUGAGUGAGUGCUAUUGACUUAUAUCUUAUAACAAACUAUUGGCAAUAACAAUAAUGAAUGAAGAACUACAGCAAACUUCUGUAUAUAGAAGCUUUGACUCAUGUUUUGCUCAUAUGUUCAUGAGAAACAUUGAUACCGGUAGUCACAUCCAGGCAAACUGUUUCUGUAUUACAGCUGGAUUUUACAUGAUUAAGAGCACAUUGAUUGUCAUACUCCUAUAUCCAUUUCAUUUUCCCUCAUGUUAUAAGCAUGAAUUUAAACAACAAUUCUUUUUGUUUUUACUUAAUAAUCUGUCAAAUAAAAAUGGAUGAUUUUUAUAUUCGUUAGGACUUUUAUACAUUCAAAAGUAGAAAUCCUUAGUUAAAAUCUUUUACUAAUGUUGCUGUCCCAGUAUCCUCAUACCACUGAGAGUUAACUGGAAUUUUAUUAAUCCUCUUCCUACUUCUUCCUACUCCUGCUAUAGGCCCAUUCUGUAGUGCUGGCGAGUUUACAUUUUAGUUCUCUUAUUUUAUGUCUAUUUUAUUUUAGUCUAUUUACAAUUUCAGAACAAACUUCUUCUCCUUAUUUUUUGUAUCUCCUUAUUCUGUUUUAUUCUCUUUAAUCUUAUUUUAUUAGGCCCUUCUCCUGUUUUGUGUGUUUAUUAGCUUUUAUCUUGUCUUAUUGUGUUAGUUUAAUUUUAUUCAGUAUUAUCCCUUUAUAAUUAUUUGUUAUUAAUUCUAUUAUACAGCACUUUGGCAGCCCUUGUGGUGUUUUAAAUGUGCUUUAUAAAUAAAGUUGAUUUCUUCUAGGUUUUCAUUAUCCAUUGGUCUGCCAUGCUUUUUUUAUAUGACCCAGAGUUCAAAUGGAAAAUGUGAUGCAUUUAAUUGGUCUAUGCACAAGCAGUUAUAUAAAGAAGUAAUAAAUAAAUCAAACAUUUUAAAACA